AACAUCAGCAGCACAACAACAUAAGCAGCAGAACAACAUCAGCAGCACAACAACAUAAGCAGCAGAACAACAUCAGCAGCACAACAACAUCAGCACAACAACAUCAGUAGCACAACAACAACAUCAGCAGCACAACAACAUCAGCAGCGCAACAACAUCAGCAGCACAACAACAUCAGCAGCACAACAGCAUCAGUAGCACGACACAAGCAGCAGCACGACAGCAUCAGUAGCACAACAGCAUCAGCAGCACAACACAAGCAGCAGCACAACAGCAUCAGCAGCACAACAGCAUCAGCAGCACAACACAAGCAGCAGCACAACAGCAUCAUCAGCACUACACAAGCAGCAGCACGACAGCAUCAGCAGCACAACACAAGCAGCAGCAUCUGACACUCAUGUAUAUCUCUGGCAUCUUAUUAUCUCAAGUAUACACUGGAGUGGAGGGUUACAUUCGUGAGAGUGAUGGAGCAGAGGAUGAUGUAGCAGAGCUCUUCCACAGUCUUAAUGGUUUUGAGGACCUAGAGCCAGGAUAUGAGCUUCUGACAAAGAAGGGCACCCUUGCUGAGCGUCCGGAUGUAGACAGAUUAGCGCCUCUCACACAUGAUGAUUUCCAGCAGUUUCUGGAUGACGACGGUCGCAUCCUGGAUGUUGAACCUCUCAAGCAACGAAUAUUUAAAGGGGGGAUCCAUCCAAACCUUCGCCGUGAACUAUGGUGCUUUUUGCUGGGUCACAAUCUGUGGAACUCCACGUACAUCCAGCGAGAAGAGAGACGCAGACAGAGAGAGAACCUUUACUUUACUAUGAAGCAGCAGUGGAAGACCAUUACCGAGGAUCAAGAAAGUCGUUUUACUGGGUUCAAAGAACGACGGAGUCUUAUUGAGAAAGAUGUUAAUCGCACAGAUCGAAAUCAUCCAUUUUUUGAAGGCGAGCACAAUCCCAAUGUAGUUCUACUUCACGAUGUUCUCAUGACAUAUGUGAUGUACAAUUUUGACUUGGGCUACGUCCAGGGCAUGAGUGACCUUCUUGCUCCCAUUCUCUAUGUAACACAGAAUGAAGCAACAGCAUUCUGGUGUUUUGUUGGUUACAUGGAUAUUGUGUACAGGAAUUUUGAUAUGGAUCAGUCAGGGAUGAAGCAACAACUGAAGGAUGUGCACCAAAUUGUGCACUUGGUCGACCCAGAGCUCAUGUCAUACCUAGAAGUGCGUGACUCUGCCAACUUCUACUUCUGCUUCCGGUGGCUUCUUGUUCGAUUUAAGAGGGAACUUAAUUAUGCAAGCACAUUACGGUUAUGGGAAGUUUUGUGGACUGGUCAUCCAUGUCCAAACUUCCAUCUGUUGGUGGCAGUUGCUCUUCUUGACACCGAGAAGAACACAAUCAUGGAGAACAAAUUUGGAUUUACUGAAAUUUUAAAACAUAUCAAUGACAUUUCGUUACGAAUUGACUUGGAUGCCACCUUGAAGAAAGCAGAAGCAAUAUACUUGCAGAUUGCAUCAUCACCCAAUGUGCCAGACUGUGUGAGGACAGUGUUAGGUCUUCCUUUACAAGAGCCUUCUACGUCUCAGCUCAGAAUUCGUAAGGAUGAUGAAGUUGAUGGCAAAGCAACUGAUGACAGAAGUGGAAGUGAUGAUGGGGAAGUUAUUGUGGCAAGUGGUGCUGGAUUAGUAGAAGUAGUGAGUAAUAUGAUUGGAACAGCUGUGCGACACUUGAGUGGGGAUGACCUGACCGAUGCCACCCUUGAAGUCAUCCCAAGACAACAAGACGAUGCAGAAAAAUGCUUUGAGGCAGCACUGAGCCACCAGUUUAUAUAGCAUAUUUUGUCUUGAAGAUAACUAGCAAUAGACUGAUAAAUUCAUAAAUAUGUUUGUAUAUACUGUGCAUAUAUGUACAUAAAAGAGGAGGAACCAUGCAAGCUUAACCUCCACCCACUGGAAGCAGGUGAACUUGUUUCCACCUUGCCACAGGCAAUAAAGCUGUAACUGAAGUCACCACUGCGUAAGGAUCCACACUGAGGCCCAGGUUCUAGUUCACACAAGUUCAAUGAUGCAUUGGCAGGUUUGGUGAUAGUAAUGUGUAAUGGUGAGCCUAAGGCAUUCUGUGUGUAGACUGGGGAUAUAUACUGGCUCUCUGGAGAAUAUCUAUGAAGGUUUAUGUUUCAAGUGCUGGUAAAGUUUAGGGUUUUCAUGUGGUUUACUGAAGAUACAACUGGGACUCGAGCCUCCACCACUACCUGCUCUGAACCAUCCACAUGGGUUUAGUGCUUGAUAUAGAUAUAGUGAUGACAAUGAUGAUGAUGAUAGUAAUAAUAAUAAUUGCUUAUUGAGUUUAAGAAUGAACUGACUUCAGAGAGUGCAAUGUCAACACAAUAUUAUAUAGACUGGUGAUGGUAGGUAUUUCAACUUGAUUAACUGCUUUAUAAUUGGUGGUUUUAUUAUGGAACAUAUUUCUGAGUAAUGGUUAAUGCUAACUACUGUAUAAUGAGCUAAGAUAGUUGCCUGCAAGUUAAUUACAGUAAUAAUGUAAGCUUGGAUCUCAAGAGUAUUGUGGCUGUAACAUUUGUCCCAGUGGAGGAGAUGAUCUCUUGUGUUUAAAUGCAGAAUCAUUCUAGCCAGUAAAUAAAUACAGUUUGAGAAAGAGUUUUCCAGGCAUUAUUUUAUAGAUCUCAUCUUACUUUAUUCAGUUAGUUUCUCUGAAGUAUUCACUGAGACAUUCUGAUGAGACUGGUUAGUGUUGCAGAGCAUCCUUUCAUUUAUUCAGGAUCCAGCCUUUAUCUUUUUCAGUGUUGUUUAUGGCUGAUGAAUCAAAGUACAGUACUCUGUAAAUUCUGUGAGACACUGAUUGUUUUGUCUUUUUCCUUUGAUUUUCUUGAUUAUUGGGAAUAGUGUACAUAGAAGUUUUUUUUGGUUUUGUAAAAGAGCUAGUAAAUAUUCUUUUUCUACUGUUGUUGCCUGGAAAAGUUUCACUUUUAAGAGCUUCACAUUUGCCCUAGUUGUCCAGCCCAAAUAAUUUUAUUUUUUAUUAACACAUUGGCUGAUUCCUACCAAGGCAGGGUGGCACGUAAAAGAAAAACUUUCAUCAUCAUUCACUCCAUCACUGUCUUGCCAGAGGGGUGCUUUACACUACAGUUUGAAACUGCUACAUUAACACCCCUCCUUCAGAGUGCAGGCACUGUACUUCCCAUCUCCAGGACUCAAGUCCAGCCUGCCAGUUUCCAGUAUGCUUGCUGGAAGUACAAGCCCCUCGCACACAAAACCUCCUUUACCCCUUCCCUCCAACCUUUCCUAGGUAGACCCUUACCCCACCUUCCCUCCACAACAGAUUUAUACACUCUCGAAGUCAUUCUGUUUUGUUCCAUUCUCUCUACAUGUCUGACCCACCUCAACAACCCCUCCUCAGCCCUCUGGAUAACAGUUUUGGUAAUCCCGCACCUCCUCCUAAUUUCCAAGCUACGAGUUCUCUGAAUUAUUUUCACACCACACAUUGCCCUCAGACAUGACAUCUCCACUGCCUCCAACCUUCUCCUCAUUGCAACAUUCGUCACCCAUGUUUCACACCCAUAUAAGAGUGUUGGUAUAACUAUAUUCACAGACAUUCCUCUCUUUGCUUCCAUGGACAAAGUUCUUUGUCUCCACAGACUCCUGAGUGCACCAGCAGUGUACUUGGAAGCAUAAAAUGAUCUGAAACUCAGCACAAAGCAACUUAAAUAAACUUUAAAGCCCAAAAGAAACAAGUGUGCUUGUUUCUACAAAUACAUGACCACAACAAAUGCUACCAUUGUUUUACUGCUCUCCAUAAUAGACCUACAACACUCCGGCAACAUGAUUGAAGACAGAAGUAUCAUGAUAUGAUACUGAAGCAAAACAUGAGCCUUCUUUAGAGGAUCUAACUGAGUUAAGAAGAACUGGCUACUGUCAAAAAACAAGACAAUGCAGCAUUGUCAUUGCAGAAUAACUACAAACCCAAUAAGAACUAGUAGUUAACCAUGCAAACCAAAUAACCAAACUGGGAACAAUACUGAGCCAUUAAAUAAACAAGAUGAAGCUGCCAAGACCACUGUGUAAGGAACUACUAAUCUACAGACACCAAUCUAAAUACAUUUCUAGGAUCUCAACACCAAGCCAACAGAAGCAGCCAUCCAGGAGGCAGAUGUGAUGAAGGAACCACAUCUUAGUGAAUCUGUUAUCAUGAAGACCUUUGUUAAUAUACUGUGUGAUUCUUUGAAAAAUGAAAUUACAUAUGACGUGUUUCUUGCAGAACACAUGGAUAGCAAAGAAAUUCUAACAAUUAGUUUGGAUCUGAUCAGCAAAUUUCUAUAUAUUCCUUGGCAGUUUCCAUUAACCUUGACAACACUCAGACAACAGUAGAGUUUUUCACGAAAUGGUAAUCAAGAAAAUGCAAAGCAUAGAAGGGAUACAAGCCACAAGAAACAACAGUGAAAAGAUGUGUGGACUAGAUCUAGUUUCCAAGGAAAUGACAAAAAGAAGUGUUUCAGCAUUCACCACAUUCACCAGCCUCUGAGCUGCUAAUGCUGUGAAUAAAUUGCCCAGCUUUUUGCUCAACGAGACCAGUAGCAAACAAUAUUCUAGAACGCAGAACAACAUAAGUAGCUAUCUGAGCAACAGUUGCCGCACCUUGAUCCUUCGUACUUAGCACCGAGCACACCUCGUGAAGCAGAAAUUCUAAAAGUAAUCUGAGAUGUCCCAUUAUAAUAAGAAAGCUGCACAAGUUUCAUCAUAAGUCAUCAGACUACUCCUUAAGAAACCAUUUGAAAACUAAACCUUCCCAGACUUUCUCAAAAGAGCCAGGACCACCUCAGUCCACAAAGGUGGUGAUUCAUUGAAUAUCAUUAAUUACAGGCCAAUACUAGAAAAUUAUAUAACUUACAUAACUAAGCAAAAGAUAUUUAAUCUUUACCAAUAUGAUUUCGAAUCUCCCCCCCCCCCCCCCCCAAAAAAAAAAAAGACAACUGCAGCAUUCUGCUCAUAUUACUUCAUCUAAUAUUCACUAACAGACAACCAUAAAUGUUACUCCAUAAUCUUCUUUAACAAUGAACUUUAGUGUUUCUGAAGGUAAUAUUGCUUCUUCUUUACAUCAGUGACCUACCAAUUUUAUGCAACAUAUAAUGUUGAUACUCCUUGCUGAGAGCACCACUCUUGUCUUACUGAACAUACACCCUACUACUGCCUUGAAAGAUUUAAUAAUUUUUUAUUUUAUAUUCAUAGGAAAGUAUUAAACCCAUAGGGAUCAUACCUAGAAAAUAGGAGGUAGUCAGGUUUGAGUGAAUGAAGGGAAGGGUAACUCCAAUUCCUUGGAUCAAGAGACCUUCAGCAUCUAGCCAGCCUCAUUGAAAGGAGAUUAAUGAUGAGCCAGUUAAAAUCUUCACUUGGAUAAUGAACCCAGCACACACACACAUCAUACAUACUACAUAUCGAGUAGUACAGCAUUUGCAUAACUACCAAGUAAAUAAAUCUUAGAAAAAAAGCUAUUCCAUGAGAAGAAAAAGUUAAUUACUAGGUUAUUACUUAGACAAUAAAUUGAAAUUUAAUGCUCCUACUCAUCAUGUAUCAAAGUAAAUAUCAAAGACGGUAAGUAUAUGACAUUCACUUUUUUUUUUUUUACUGUGUUCCCCAUACUACACUGUUCACUUAGUGUCUGCACUUAACAUAAACUGUCUGUCCCUAUCUUGGACAGCAUUUGUGUUUGAGGAUCAGUAACAGCACACUACCUCAAACUAAUCGUCUCAUAACAACACACCACCAUUACUGAAAUAGGGUAGACUUAUAGGGUCGACUUAUCCACAAGAUAUACAGUAGAGCCCCGCUUUACGGCGUUUCGCUUUACAGCGUUCCGCUAAUACGGCCGUUUAAAAUUAUGACCUAAACUCUCUAUACGGCUCCCCCACCUGAUUUUCUAAUACGGUCACUGCGCCCCACCCUGUUUGUUUACAUUCUCCAUGAGCUCCGUAAGCACCACGUCUCUCCAUUGUGCCUGGAAACUCCAAAAUUUCAAGUGUUUUUAAAAGUUACUUCAUAUUUUAUAUAUACUCUGAUAAUUAUACUUAUGUAUACCUGUACCUAAAUAAAGUUACACACUGUGCUGGCGUGCAGGUACACAUUAAAAUCAGUAAGAAUGUCUUAUGUCUCGAGAUGUCAUAUUAGUAAUGAUAAUAAUACUCAAUAAUAAUCAUUGAGUCUCAUUAAAUGUCGUAUAUUACGUUAACAUACACAUUUUCAUUAAUCCAUGUAUGAUAUUUUUUUCAAAAUUACAUAAUAAACAUGAUACAUAACAUAUAAAGAUGAUAAAUACACUCCACAUUAGAAUAAACAAACAUAAAUAUGAGAUGUGGGAGCCAGAGGACUUACACAAGUGACGCCAUAUUAGUAAUAAUAAUAAUAAUAAUCACCGAGUCUCAUUAAAUGUCAUAUAUUACGUUAAUAUACACAUUUUUAUUAAUCCAGCCAUGAUUUUUUUCAAAAUUAUAUAAUAAACACGAUACAUAACAUAUACAGAUGAUAGAUACACCCCACAACAGAGGCGUCACUAGAGUUGGUGUCACCAGGGGCGGAAUCAUUGGUGUCACCCGGGGUGGCAUCUUUGGUGUCACCCUCAUGAAAUCCAAGGGCGGGGGGAUAGGGGUAGUAAACUCCAGGCCAUAAAUCGAACUUUAUUAAUGAUAAAAUAAAUAAUUGUUGUAAUAUUAAGGAAAUAUAAACUUAAACACCACUUUGAGUACAGCCAAAAGAUCCUACAUUUAUUCAUCUUCAACAAUGAAAAAAAAAACUUGAAAAAUAAAGAAAAAACACUAGUUCCAAUUUGACCUUGAGUACAGGUAGCAUCUCAAAGAAUCUGAUAUUUCAUUUCCUUGCCCCAAUCCUGCAAAAUCAUCUAUCACAUCAUCAAAAUCAAUGAUUUUCCCUAUAUAGGCCUAUUUGUACUAUGUAAUCCUAUAAUAGGCUAUAUAGAAACGAAGAAUUUUUCUCUUAGGUUGCUGCAGCAUGGUUUUGGUCAUUAGUGUCACCUUCUUUAGAGGCUCUAUGGUGUCACCCCUUAAAUGGUGUCACCCGGGGCAGCCCGCCCCCCCUUACGACGCCUCUGCCCCACAAUAGAAUAAAUAAACAUAAAUAUGAGAUGUAGGAGCCAGACAACUUGUACAAGUGAUGGCAAGAAUAACGUUUUCUCUAGCCCAACAUAAGAGAAAAUGUGUUACUGGGGGUAACUGUAGAAAAUUAUUCCUUUCGUAUGUAAGAAAGUAAGUUUAUUCAGGUAUACACAAAAAAGUCAGAGAGUGACUUAUUUCCAUUGCCAUCACUCAAAGCAUCAUUUCUUCUAAAAAAUGGUGUUACAUGAGAAUGGGAGUGUUCCUCUUUAUUUAUUCUACCGUAUUAAUGUAGAGACAACUUGUACACAAUGUAACUUGUACACAAACCAGAUGUGUACACUUUGUUUAUAUAACUCACAUUUGCCUGGUUUGUUUACAUAACUGCAUGAGUGUCCUUUCUCAUGUACUCAUUCUCUCUCUCAUUUAUUUGUUUUAUCUCGUUUACUCACCUCUGACCCUGCAUUAAGACUACAAAUAUUUUAAGGUAAGUAAUGAGUGUACUAUAUGUGUAUUUUACUUUUUUAUUGUUUUUAAUACCUAGUUCUACUGCUAACCUCAAUGGAGAUAAGUUACACUGUCUGACUUUUUUGGGUUAUCCCAGGUACAGAUACCAUCCGACUUACGACCUAGUUUGGUUCCGAGAAACUGGUCAUAAGUCGAAAUGGACGUAUGUCGAACCUUACUACUGAUUAUCAACAUCACAUUUUUGUAAUGACUUUAUUUUAUUGUUUUAUUUUGGUAUUUCAUUUUUUACUUUACUUUUUAUGCUGUUAAUACUGUAUUUUAUACUGUAAAGUUUAGGAUAAACACUGUGUACAACACAAACAGUUGUUUAUUUCCCAGAAAUUUGGCAUAGAAAACAAGGUCGUAAGUCGAAUGGUUAUACAGUGGACCCCCGCAUAGCGACUUUAAUCCGUGCAAGAGGGCUCAUUGUUAUGCGAAAUGAUCGGUAUGCGAAUGAAUUUUCCCCAUAAGAAAUAAUGGAAAUCAAAUUAAUCCGUGCAAGACACCCAAAAGUAUGAAAAAAAAAUUUUUACCACAUGAAAUAUACAUUUUCCUACACACAAAGAGAAGGAUACAUGCACAAUAGUAGAGUAGUACAUGCACAAUAUAUAUUGUGCAUGUACUACUCUACUAAAUGAAGAAUAAAUGACACUUACCUUUAUUGAAGAUGCAGCAAUGACUGAUGAGACACUGUGUCCUGGGAGCGCCUUUUCCUCCUGAGUACUGUAGGUCCUGUUUGGCAUUUUCUUCCAGAACAGGCCUUAUCACACUGUGUAUGCCACUACGAUUCUUAAAUCUCUCAAACCAACCUUUGCUGGCUUUAAAUUCACCAAUAUGAGCACUAGUUCCAGGCAUUUUUCCCUGUUCACCUGGGUGUUAGUCGACUGGUGUGGGUUGCAUCCUGGGAGACAAGAUUAAGGACCCCAAUGGAAAUAAGUUAGACAGUCUUCGAUGACACUCACUUUUUUGGGUUAUCCUGGGUGGAAAAUCCUCUGGGGUUAAUUGUUUCUUGGUAUUCUCAAUAAGCCACACCAACAACGGUGCUACAGCAGCAGCAGCAGCAGCUGACAGUGCUACAGCAGCAGCAGCAGCUGACAGUGCUACAGCAGCAGCAGACGAUGCUACAGCAGCAGCAGACGGUACUACAGCAGCAGCUGACGGUGGUACAGCAGCAGCAGCAGCUGACAGUGCUGCAGCAGCAGCAGCUGACAGUGCUACAGCAGCAGCAGACAAUGCUACAGCAGCAGCAGAUGGUACUACAGCAGCAGCUGACAGUGGUACAGCAGCAGCAGCAGCUGACAGUGCUACAGCAGCAGCAGCAGACGAUGCUACAGCAGCAGCAGACGGUACUGCAGCAGCAGCAGCUGACGGUGGUACAACAGCAGCAGCAGCUGACGGUGCUACAGCAGCAGCAGCUGACGGUGGUACAGCAGCAGCAGUAGCUGUACCACCAAUAGUAGCGAUGGUUGAUUGGGGUUUAUUAUACAACCUGGCCAGCUCGGAGACACGCACUCCACUUUCAUACUUAUCAAUGAUCUUUUUCUUCAUCUCUAUAGUAAUUCUCACCCUUAUUGCUGUAGGGUUGGCACUAGAAGCUUUCUUGGGACCCAUGGUCACUUAUUUUGCAGAUAAAAUCACCAAAAACACUGUAAUAAUACGAAAUGUUCCGAUUGUAUGCUUGGAUGUUACCGCGGAGGCUGGCUGGUAAACAAUGCCACUGGCGGCACAUGUGAGGCUGGCUAAGGGCGCACAUUGGACGCGUCUUGGACGAAGAGCGGUGAGCGGGCUUUUGAGCGGUAUGCGAGGCAAAAUUUUUGCGACUAAAAGCGAGCGGUAUGCGGAUUGAACGUUAUGUGAUGCCGACGGUAUGCGGGGCUCCACUGUAUGUCGAGCAGGUCGUAAGUCAGAUGGUAGGUGUACUUUACACAUAUGCUGUUAUGUAAGAUAAUCUAUGUAACUGCAUUUGUGUAUGCAUAUAUGUAUAAAAAAUUAAGAAUGUUUUUGACAAAUACCAGGAGUCGACCUACACGUGGAGUCAGGUUGUACUCAGGUAUACACAAUAAUUUGGGUUCACAUUUGUGCUGAAACAAAAUAAACAUAGUUGAAAAAACAUAUAUGCUAUUGAAACUCCCUUGCAAUGUCUGUCAAUACAUACACAAGUCUGCUGGUUGUGGCUUAAUGAUGUUCACGGAUUUUGCAAUUAUCAUAAUCAAGGUUGCAAUUUUAAGAUGUGCUUGAAAUAAGCUCAUUUCAUUUUUAUCUCUGAUUUUAUUAUGAGAAAGGAAGGUAUUGGUGUCUUCUGUGCCUACUAUUAUACAAAUAAAUUUAAUUACAUUAACCAUACAGCUCCAAGAAAAAAAUUAUUAUUAUUAUUAUUUUUAUUAUUAUUAUUAUUAUUAAUUUGUCUACUGAUUUUUAAUAUGCUUCUGUAUACUUACAUUAGUUUGGCUGCUCACUAUGCUUCACUAUAACUGCAUUAAAUAUAAUCACUCCCAUUAUUAACCUAAUUUUGAAUUUUGACACCAGUGUAAAAUUUUUAUGUAAUCCAAUAUAAAACUUUUUAUAAUUAGCUGCACUCCUUUACUACAUUAUUAUUAUUAUUGUUAGUUUUACUGUUCUUACCAUUAUUACUGUAAUUGUUACUAUGUUUCCUCUUAUUUUGGAUCAUCUUACUUCGUCAAGAGACCAACAGUAUGUUGAAAACUACAUGUAUAAAGUAUAUUAUUAUUAUUAUUAUUAUUAUUAUUACUGUAUUAUUAUGAUGGUGUCAUUUUCCCAGUACUGUAUAUUUUUUUCUAACUUUACGUUAGGCUUUACAUAAUAGUAAGUAAAAAUUAGCUUUAUGUUCAGACUAAUAAAUUACAAUCCGGUGCUUUAAACAUAAAGCUUUAAAUUUGGUUGUAACAUAUUAACUGAGAAGUGUUAUUUAUUGUAACUCUCCUUGUUUCAUAAGGAGAGUUUUUUUUCUAAGCCACAAUGACUAGGUGAGAAGGCUUUCCAAGUCCUGACACUGGUGGAACUCCACUAGUUUAUAAAUUGGGUUCCAGACAUCUGCAAUAUAUUGACCCAUAAACUGUCCAAGCAGAUCUACGUUCACAUGCAUAGCGCUCCAAAAGUAGUUCUACGUUUUUUUUACAUAUUUUCAAAUAUAACAAAAAAAAAAAAAAAGUAGAUCAAAGUUUUUUACACAUUUUCAAAUGUACAAAAAAAAAAAAGGUCUACUUUUUUUACAUAUACUUUCAAAUGUUGAAAAAACAUAUAUAUACGUUUGGACCAUUUACGGGUUAAACAAGAUUACUUGGUUCAUUAACUUCUGAGUUUUGUGUGAGUGUAAACAUGUGUAACAACCAAGACUGUUCCACUGAUCAGGGGUAAAAUUAGCUUAAGCCAGUUGUUUACUUAUGAUAAAGGAAUAUGCUCAGAGUCUGUACUGCCCAGAAUGCUCCAGCACAAUAGUGGCUUUCUUUGUACUUAACAAAUCAAAAUUGUAAUCACACAUUGUAAACAUAGCAAAAAAAUAAAAUCUUAAUCUUUUAAGAGAUCUCUGCAUUUGCUUCUUAACCAAUAAAGCUUAAAUAUCAAUUCUACAAAGUGCCCUACAAACAGGAUGAGAGUAAUUUUUUGAGUGCUACAGUACUUUAAAUUUCCUGCUUUCUGGUAUACAGCUGCCUCCAUCACUUUAGGUGCUGGCAUUACGAUUCCUAGUGAUUCAAGAAUUCUGAACAUAAAAUACUGUAUAAUUUUAUGAGGUAUGAAAAAUAAGAUUUCUGUAGUAGGUUCAAUAAACAGUAGGUACAGCUGUAACAGCUGUACCUCCUGUGGUUGUUAAUACUGGUGCUUAGAGCCCUUCCAACAGAAUAUGUAGUCAACAGUAGUUUGUAGGGGAAGGAAAGUAGGAGGAAGUAAGGCAGGGUAAACUUAGUGAAAAGAAAUGAGAGUUUAAGACUGGUGUUAUUGGCGUGCUUCAGACAUAUUUACUAUUACUCGUGAUUCAUAAAGCUUCUAUAGUGUUUCAGACACAUCACAGUGCUUCAAACAAAUCAUUAUUACUAAAAGUCAUUCAUUAACCUUCCACAGAAAUCUUUCAUUUAAACUGUAUCUAUCCUUGUUUAUUUUUUGUUCAAACUUGAUAACCUUCCAUGUGUUGUAUAAUUUCUAAAGGUUUACCUCUUUCUAUGAGUUUGCAACUUCUCAAUGGGCCUAACACUUCUCCACAGGCUUGACAUUUCUGUAUGGCCUUAGCACUUCUCAAUGAAUAGUGACACUAAUAACAUAUUCCAAAAACUUAUAAUAUGCAGUAUAAAACUGGUGGCUGUAUUCAUGGUGUAUGUUGCAGUCAUACCUCAGAGGAAAUGCUUAUUAACAUUGCCAGCUUUGUUUAGAUUUUGUUGUGAGGAAAACACUAAACAGGUGAAGCAUAUCCUGUAGUUAGCUGUGUACAUAAUCUUUUGUACUUUAUACUGUAAUGGUGCCACAUUCUAUUUUUGUUUAUAAUGUACAGGUAUAUUGAUUAAGGAGAUAUAAUUGUAGUCUGGAAAUAUAUAAUAUGUAUAUUUUUAUUGAUUUUUUUCAGAUUGUAUGUUCCAUUGUUUUUGAGUAUCAUCAUAUUACAGAGUACGCAGAAUUUAUUUCCAAAAAUAUUUACGUUGGAAUUAUGUUAUGAAUAAAUAUGUAUACUAAAUUUUAUCUGUGGUACAUAAUAUGUGUACUUACAAUGAGGUACAGUAUUCACAUACACUGUAUAUAGUUUUUUGUUUUGCUAUAUUAUUUCACUAUUGAUUGACUCUGGUCAGUAAGGCUUCAAUAUUAUAAGAAAUAUUUGAUUUGAUUUUAUCUCAAAAUAAGUGUUUAAAAUUUCAUUGUAUAACAUCAUAUUAGAUACAAUAAUUGUUUCUCAUGAGUGUCAGUAUUCUCACUACUCUUGUGUAUUAUCUCCUGUGGAUAAAAAAGAGAUUAUAAUAAAUAUUUUAGCAAUUGGA